CCCAAACUUGAUAUGCAAGGCUUGACCCCUUUCCCACCAAAUACCAGUUCCACUCAGCACUUAGUCAAGAAAACCAUCUGUCCAAAUCAACAGCAAAUUAGAAGUCAGAGAAAGUCUACAUAGGACAGUAUAUGCCCGACAAUGGAGAGAAGGAGCUCUCUCAUGGGGAGCAAGGCAGCUUAGCUCAACCACGAAAGUCCCAGAUCUCACCCACAGGGAUACUCCCCAAGCCUACUGUAGUCUAGCCGGCUGGGGAGAGGGAUGUGAUGGAGACUGCCCUCCCCUCUCACGUUGGCUUCUUCCCGCUCUCUAAAGAUUUAUUUCAGGAGAUCAGAGUCGGAGCUAGAAGGGACUUUAGAGGUCAUCUAUUCCAACACAUUUUUUUCUAGAUCAAAAACAAAACAAAAAAAAAAACCUAGGGACUGUACAGAGAGCAAUUAUUAAGCAGGAGGGAGCCAGGGUAGUCCAAGCUUUGAGCGCCACCUGGUGGCUUGUGCCCUGUAGAGAUCAUUCCAAGUCACAUCUAGUAAAGACAUACUCUGUGUGUGUGUGUGUGUGUGUGUGUGUGUGUGUGUGUGUUGGGAGGGUGGGGGAAAGGGGUCUGCUUGAAUAUUGCAAACUAUCAAGUGAUCGACAAAUGAAACCAUCUCUGCCCUCAAAGAGCUUACAUUUUACUGGGAGCAUACACGUGCAAGUUAGAGAGUAUAGGAAGGAUAGUCAUGACGUCUGCCUGAAACGGUGGGUGGGGGCCAGUUAGUGGAGGCCCUUCAAUCUCAGGUAGAACACUGAGCUUUUUAUUCUAGAGGCAAUAGACCCUGGGGGCCCUGGGGGCUUAGAGCUGCAGAAAGAUUUGGCGCUUUGGCAGCCCGGGGGGAGGCUGGGUUGGAGAAUGAGCGCUCAGAGGCAGGGAGGCCAUCACGACAGUGGACGCAUGAGGCCACGAGGGCUGGAAGGAGGGUAGAGGCUACAUGACUGGAGAGAAGGGGAUGGAUGCAAGAGACAGAGAAGUGGAAUCUACAUUUGGCAACUCGGAACCUAGAUCACAGAAGGGCUGAGCUGCCAGCAGCCUCGGGACACUGAGUCUAACCACUCAUCUUGAAGUUUCUGGGUGCCUUUUGGGUUCUCCUCCUCCCUCUCUGACGGCUCCUCCUCUGUCUCCUUGGCUGGAUCCCCCUCCAAAUCCCUCCCUCUAACCACAGGGCUCCCUCAGGGCUCUGGCCUGGACCCUCUUCCCUUCUCCUUCUAGACUGCUUCACUCGGGGACCUCCCCAGCUCCUAUGGAUUUAAUGACCAUCUCUAUGCUGAAGAUUCUCACAUCUACCUCUCCUGCCCCAGCCUCCGCUGACUUCCAAUCUUGCCUUUCCUUUCCCCCUGAACCCUCCUCCUGUUCUACCUUCCUUGUGACUGUAGAAGGCACCCCCAUCUUCCCAGUUCCUCAGGCUCCCAACCUAAUCCUGAGAGUCCUCACUCUCUCUCACUCUCCCUCCAGUAUCUGAGCUCUUGUAAAGGCUUGUCGGAAUUUCUCUCCAGUGCGCCCCCUUCUCUCCUCUGACACUGGUGCAGACCUUCAUCCCCUCGCACCUGGAUUAUGGUAAUAGCUGCUGGAGGGUCUGCCUGCCUCAAGCCUCUCCCUACUCCAUUCAGAAUCUAAAGUGAUUUUCCCGAAGCCCAGUCUGACCAUGUCACCCCAUACUGCAUAAACCCCAGGAGCUCCCUAUGGCCUCCAGGAUCAAAUACAGUGCUCUGUUCAGCCUUCACAGCCCUUCCUAACCUGCCCCUCCUCCUUUUCCAGUCUGCUUACACCUGACUCUUGAAUCUAGCAACGCUGGCCUCCUGGCUGCUCUGUCUCCUGACUGCCCGUGUUUUCAUUGUCUGUCUCCCCAUCCCUGAGCAAUCUCUGCCUCCUCAUCUCUACCUACUGACCUCCCUUGCCUCCUUCACGUCCCAGCUAAAAUCCCCCAUCUACAGGAAGCCUUUCCCCUCUCCCUCAGUUCUAGUGCCUUCCUUCUGCUAAUGAAUGUGUUUCUUAUUUGUCCCAUAUGUAGCUCCGGCUUCAUAUGUGUUUUUUGCACGUUGUCUCCCCCUUUAGACUGUAAGCUCCUUGAGGGCAGGGCCUGUCUUUUACCUCUUUUUAUAUCCCUAGGGCUUAGCACAGUGCCAGACACACAGCAGGUGAUCAGUAAGGGUUGAUUGACAGGUUUGUCUGUCAUCUGACAUGGGAGGAAGGCAGACCUUUGUGCUGCCUGAAAUUUCAUCACUGAGGAUUUGUUCCUUUUCGUCCAUUCGUUCGGCGGGCACUCAGGGAGCACAACUAGAAGUGGGCGGCAGUUAUAGAGAGAUGGAGGAAAUAUGUGCCAAAAGGAGGCCGGGCUGCCUCUGGAGGUAGUGUGCUCCCCAUCCAGGGAGGUCUCCAAGCAGAGGCUGGAUGGGGUGGGAGGUGAGGGGGGACGGGGUUCCUGGUCAAGCACGGGUUGGCCUGAACUCCCUCUACAAUUCUCCCCAAUCCCCUUCGAAGUCUGAGACAUUUGUGCUACUACUGUUCAUGCGCCUCUACACGCGGUCAGCAUCCGAAACUACAACUCCCAGAAUCCAGUGUGGCGGAGAGACACGUGCUUCCGGCGUCCGCCUUCCGUCCUGGAGAUACCGAGGUCGCCAUGGGGCUGAAGGCUGCCCAGAAAAACCUGUUUCCUCUGCGCUCCAUUGAUGAUGUGGUGAGGCUUUUUGCAGCCGAGCUGAACCGGGAGGAGCCCGACCUGGUGCUGCUGUCCCUGGUGCUGGGCUUUGUGGAGCAUUUCCUCGCUGUCAAUCGAGUGAUCCCCACCAAUGUGCCCGAGCUCACCUUCCAGCCCAGCCCUGCCCCCGACCCCCCGGGCGGCCUCACCUACUUCCCGGUGGCUGACCUCUCCAUCAUCGCAGCACUCCACGCCCGCUUCACGGCCCAGAUCCGAGGCGCGGUAGACCUGUCUCUCUACCCCCGAGAAGGGGGUGUUUCUAGCAGAGAGCUGGUGAAGAAAGUCUCUGAUGUCAUAUGGAACAGCCUGAGCCGUUCCUACUUCAAGGACCGAGCUCACAUCCAGUCCCUUUUCAGCUUCAUCACAGGCACCAAGCUGGACAGCUCUGGGGUGGCCUUUGCAGUGGUGGGGGCCUGCCAGGCCCUGGGCCUCCGAGAUGUCCACCUGGCCCUGUCUGAGGACCAUGCCUGGGUUGUGUUUGGCCCCGAUGGAGAGCAGACGGCUGAGGUUACGUGGCACGGGAAAGGCAACGAGGACCGAAGGGGACAGACGGUGAACGCCGGCGUGGCUGAGCGAAGCUGGUUGUAUCUAAAAGGCUCCUAUUUGCGUUGUGACCGAAAGAUGGAGGUGGCCUUCAUGGUGUGUGCUAUCAACCCCUCCAUUGAUCUGCACACGGACUCCCUGGAGCUGCUGCAGCUCCAGCAGAAACUUCUCUGGUUGCUUUAUGACUUGGGACACUUGGAAAGGUACCCAAUGGCUCUGGGGAACCUGGCAGACCUGGAGGAGCUAGAGCCCACGCCUGGCCGGCCGGACCCUCUCACCAUCUACCAUAAGGGCAUCGCUUCUGCCAAGACCUACUAUCGGGAUGAGCACAUCUACCCCUACAUGUACCUGGCUGGCUACCACUGCCGGAACCGCAGUGUCCGAGAAGCCCUGCAGGCCUGGGCGGACACAGCCACCGUCAUCCAGGACUACAAUUACUGCCGGGAGGAUGAGGAAAUCUACAAGGAAUUCUUUGAGGUGGCCAAUGAUGUGGUCCCCAACCUGCUGAAGGAGGCCGCCGCCCUGGCGGAGACCGGGGAAGAUCGAGGCGGAGAGCACACUCAGGGCUCCCCAGCCCAGGGUUCAGCCCUGCAGGAUCCUGAGUGCUUCGCCCACCUCCUUCGCUUCUAUGAUGGCAUCUGCAAGUGGGAGGAGGGCAGCCCCACGCCCGUGCUGCAUGUGGGCUGGGCCACCUUUCUGGUGCAGUCGUUGGGGCGCUUCGAGGGGCAGGUGCGGCAGAAGGUCCGGAUUGUAAGCCGGGAAGCAGAGACAGCAGAGACCGAGGAACCGUGGGGCGAGGAGGCCCGGGAGGGCCGCAGGAGGGGGCCCCGGCGAGAGUCCAAGCCUGAGGAGCCACCCCCCCCAAAAAAGCUGGCCCUAGACAAGAGCAUCCCCAGGAGGCCCGGGGUGGCCCCAGGGGCUCCCAAAGGCCCCGAGGGGGGAGGAGCAGCUCCAGCCCCAGCCCCUCCGGCCUCCCCGCCCCCCGAGGGCCCUGUGCUCACCUUCCAGAGCGAGAAGAUGAAGGGCAUGAAGGAGUUGCUGGUGGCCACCAAGAUCAAUUCCAGCGCCAUCAAGCUGCAGCUCACUGCCCAGUCCCAAGUGCAGAUGAAGAAACAGAAGGCGUCCACGCCCAGCGACUACACCCUGUCCUUCCUCAAGAGGCAGCGCAAGGGGCUCUGAGGGGCCGGGCGGCCUGGGAUCCCGAGGAAGCCCGAGGGGGAGGGGCCGCUUGACCCUGGCCUGCCUGUUUGUACAUAGGUUUAUUUUUCAGUUUCCGGGAAGAUGAAUAAAUUUUUUUUCACAAACCCGAGGCUCCCGCGGUUAUGCUGUUGGGCGCGGGGUCGGGGGUGGGCACAGCCCGGUGAGUGGGCACCGGCGGGCGGGCCCCCUCCGCCUGCGCCAGAGGGCCGGCCGUGCAGUCUGGUUCC